UGUAUCGCUAGUGUACUACAUUGUUUUUUUUUAAAUAAUUAUUAUGAUGUGGGACAAAGUGUGGGUGUUUUUCGCAGUGUUACUUUUUACUUAUAUAUCUAAAAAGAUUACUAGCAAUGAACCGAAUAAGAUAAAAUUCCACUUCUAUUUCAUUGUUUAUUACUUAUAUGGAUCCUUCUUGGCGGCCUUUAUUUGGCCUUUCUUUUUAUUAAGACCAAAAGAUAUUAAGAAUGCACGAUUUGGAGCAUCGCUUUUAAGUCCAGUAACUAAACUAUAUAAAUUAAAAUGGGAUCUGCGAAAUGGCGAGAUAUUAUCCGGAGACCAAGGCGCUGUUAUCGUUUCGAAUCACCAAUCAUCACUAGACAUUUUAGGAAUGUUUAAUAUUUGGGACGCCAUCGGUCAGUUGGCGCCAGUUGCAAAGAAAGAAAUAUUUUAUGUGUGGCCCUUCGGAUUGGCUGCGUAUCUCGCUGGUGUCGUAUUCAUAGAUAGAAAUAACGCUAAAUCUGCAUACGAAACACUAAAAAUGACAUCAGAAAUUAUGGUUGAAAAAAAGACAAAGAUAUGGAUAUUUCCUGAAGGUACCAGAAAGAAAGACAGAAACUGUAAUCUACUCCCUUUCAAGAAAGGGGCAUUUGCAAUAGCAGUAGCUGCACAGAAGCCUAUAUUACCUAUUGUGUACUCACCCUACUACUUCAUUGAUGAAAAGAAAUACAUAUUUGACAGAGGGCACGUGGUAAUUCAAUGCUUGGAUCCCGUUAAAACUGAAGGCUUACAAAUGGAGGAUGUACCUGAACUAAUGGAACGUGUACGAAAUCAAAUGGAGAAGACAUACAAAGAACUUACGAAGGAAAUUUUAACCAACUUACCGCCGGAUUACUCACAUUCACUUGCUAAUGGCACCUUGAACCAUAAAGUACCAACCGGGCGGUUGAGUCAUGCAGCAUUCGAUUUAGUUAAGUUCAUCAUUGUUUGGAGAAAAGAGCCGCAGUCGAGUCGGCUUGCAAACAUGUGGGACGUAAUUGUUUACGUUUGUGUGAUAACAACCGCAACGUAUAUUUUAAAACAACUGUUUUCAGAAACGCCUAAUUAUGUGAAGUUCCAGUCAAAAUUUCUAGUCUUUUAUAUUUGGUCAUCCGUUGUUUCUUUAGUGAUGUUACCAUUCUUUGUGUUCAACCAAAAAAAUGUGAAGAACUCCUUAUUUGGAGCGCAAAUAAUCAAACAUAUAACAAAAUUAAUAGAAAUUAAGUGGCAUUUAAGAAAUGGACAAGUCCUUGCAGAAGACAGGGGAGCAGUCAUUGUAUCAAAUCAUCAGUCUACAAUUGAUAUAUUAGGGUUGUUCAACAUAUGGCAUGUCGGCGGAAAAAUAGCAGCGAUUGCAAGGAAGGAACUUUUCUAUGUGUGGCCCUUCGGCCUGUCCGCGUAUCUGGCCGGAGUCGUUUUCAUAGAUAGAAAUAAUUCCAAAGAUGCGUACAAAACCCUCGAGGCCACGUCCGAGGUCAUGAUCAAAAACAAGACAAAAUUAUGGCUGUUUCCUGAAGGGACAAGGAAUAGAGAUUUCACAAAACUCUUGCCGUUCCGAAAAGGUGCGUUCAACAUCGCCGUGGCUGCUCAAGUGCCAAUUUUACCAGUGGUCAUAUCGCCCUACUAUUUCAUCAAUAGAAAGAAAUACAUAUUUAACAAAGGGCACGCGAUAAUCCAGUGUCUAGAGCCUAUCUCCACCGUUGGACUGACAAUGGACGAUGUCCCAGCGCUCAAGGACAAAGUUCAAAACAUAAUGGAGCUAGCUUACAAGGAGUUGUCAAAAGAAGUUCUCAACGCUUUACCACAAGAUUACCCUCUAGCCAAGCAGGACUGAACUCGGUAAAAAUAUAUCAAUUCUUUUUUCCCCUGUGUAUAUUUUAGACGCGUGAAAAAAUGUCGCGUAGUUUAUUACUGGUCUUUUUAGACUUGAUUAUUCGUUCGUUAAACGUAGAAUUCUUUCGUACGGCAGUUUUACCAAAUAGCUCCUACACAGAAAUUUUAAAUGUGUGUCUACCAAUUGCACGAUUUGUACAAUUACCCUCGAAGCUAUCGAAUUUUCGGCAUUCCCUACCGAAAUCUACCGAUAUACCGAAAUGUUUUUUUACCAAAUAUAAAGAGAAUUACUUUUUUUACCUUAUUUUAGAACAUGUACAGAUUCUAAUGGGCAUAAAGAAUUUUGCUUUUGACUGUCGAGACUACUGUAUGUAGAGACCCAUACGUGGUGGUUAGAUAUAGAUUUCAGACAAGAGAGACCACCGCUGGACAUUAGAGCUGGACGGCCAGCACUAAUGUCCAGCGGUGGUCGUCGUCGUGUCCAACGUGCA